AAAAACCACAGAAUAAUUUGUCGUUUUCGUUUUUGGAUCUUCUUUUGCGAAAAAGAAAAGCACUUAACACAUCAUAAUGCUUUUGAGGCUAAAGAAAAAGAAGAGAGAAAAAUAGAAAAGUAUGUUCGGACUUGGCUCACUUUCGAAGGGCUAGAGCGUGUUGGGGGUUGCGAGGAAUUAAAUAUUUAUGCUUUGCAGCUCACUUGGACGCUGUUUCUGAGCAAUGAACUCCUCGAACAAUGGCACGCCGACGAUGAUCAAGGAAAAGCUUGGAAUAAGGAAGCAUAAUACCACAAGGAAAGCGUUUGUAUUUCAGGGCUAACGUUUCGUGGAUUGCGAGGUAAUAGUUCCGCUAGCUUUUCGUCUGAUCACCUUGACGCUGUUUCUUAGCAAUGGCUUAUUAUGACUCUGAGGAUGACAGGGUGGACAUCAAGGUUAAACUUGGAGAUACUGUAAAGUGUAUGAAAAUUUAUGAUCGACCCGGGAUGGAUAGGUUGAGGGGGAAAAUCCGUGAUUCAUUUAAUAUCCCUGCCGAUGCUGACUUUACCCUGACAUAUGCUGAUUAUGAUGGUGAUGUGGUAACAAUUUGUGAUGAUAUUGAUGUGAAUAGGGCGGUGGGACGGGGCAGGAUCUAUGUCAAAUUGAGCAACAACAAAGGUGUUAACUCCAACGCUCAAGCUGGUGGAACUACUUCUACCCAACUUACUUCUCUUCAAGUCCAGCAUCCAUGUCCGAAUAUCAAAACCGGAGUCAUUUCUGAGGGUUUACAAUCUGUUCCACAACAGAUCUGUGAAGCACUUAAAUUACAUGAAGCACUUUUAAAGAUUUCAGAUCAGGAUAUAGUUUCUAAAGCUAUCACUGGUCCUGUUCUUGUUGAGCUUGCUGAUUUUAUAUCAAAGAUGACGCAAUCCUACCUCAAUCUGGACUCGCAAACUACUCAAUCUCGUGCAGACUCAACUACACAGAAUAAAAAAAAUAUAAAUAAAAAUAAAAAAACUACACAAAAUGUGGCUGAUGGUUCAGAACUAAUUCCAAUGCCUUAUGGAGAUGGAGAUAAGUCGUAUUGGUAGCCUGCAUAGAAUGCAUGAUAAUGAAAUGGAUGAGAGGCUGCUGAACAAAAACGAAGGAAGUAUUGAGCAUGCUGCAAUGGAUCUCAUAGUGGGAACGGGAAGAAGGCUUAAGUUAAAGGCUCUUUACCAUAUAAUAUGUAAUUUAUAGAUGUGAAGCAGGCCAUGAUGAAAUGUGUGAUGUAUUUAUUAUAUUGCUAGAUAAUCUGGUGAUUUUAUGCUA